AUGGAUGGCUUAAUCGACCCAACCCUUGCAGGUAAAUAUCCUGUCAUCCUUGGGGAUGGUUUGCUAGGGAAGACGUCCAACGAGAUUUUCACUGGCAUCAGAUACAACCAUAAACCAACACUAUCUUCUGACGAUGCCCCGAGCCAUUCGCGUCUCAAACCUUCUUUUCCUGGCAAGACGGACUCGUACGACCUGUCAUUUACCGACGACGACGGCUCCUAUGCCUACACUGGGUCUAGGAAUACCAAUAGUGAUCAGUACGUGCUUCAUUUUGACGCCGAGCGCAAAGCAUUCAUCCUCGACAAAAUCGAUUCCACGUUCAACCUGAAUGUUGCCCGUCUUCCUGGCAUUUCAGAUUCAGAACGUCUACGACGCCAAUACCCCCACCUUGACAGCCAGCCAGCACCAAAACGAUCCGUUGGAAAGAAGACCAUCUCCAAGGCCGCACCCAAGGCACCAACGUCCAAGUCACAGGCCAAAGAAACCAAGCGCAAGACAGACAAGAAGCAACAGCAGCCGCCCAAAGAAGCUGCACUCUCGUUUCCGAAACCGGAGCAGAAGCCCGAGCAGAAACCCAAACCCAAAUCCAACUCUUUUGAAGAUGAGGAGGACGAGGAGGAGGAUGAUGAUGAUGACGGGGGGCUACUUAUCGAGUACCCUGGUGGCGACACGGCCAAGCAAACCGACUUCUCGCCUGCUUUUCCACAGCCUAGGCGUUUCGACGAUUUCAUGGACCAGCGAGAUUCCGAGGCCGAUGAUGCAGAUGGCGAGAGCGAUGACGAGCCCGAUGCAGACUUUAAGCUGCCGAGCCCGGCAAAUCUUCACAACGCACAGGCGCAUCCAAUGGAUGUCGAGGAAGGAAGCGGAGUUCAACGAGAUGACAGCAUACAUGAUAUGGGAGAUGAUCUAGAGAAGGAUAUGGAGAUGGCGUUUGAGGACAUGGCCAACACACCAGAAGGGGGAGACGAGAGCGAGAUCAGCGAGGAAGACUGA